AUGACGGAGUUUCUCAGGAAGUCCGGCGGUGCCGCCGUUAUCGACGGCGGACUCGCCACAGAGCUCGAACGCCAUGGCGCGGACCUCAACGAUCCUCUAUGGAGCGCCAAAUGCCUUCUCACUUCCCCUCACCUUAUUCGUGGGGUUCAUGGAUUUGCUGAAGAUCUUAUGGGGAAAAAAGUUGCUACAAUAUUUGGAAAGUGGGAUGAAAGCAUGCUUAGACCAGACCAACGACAUUUGGAGAAUGGAGAAUAUGAGAAGGCAAAUGCUGAGAAACAACGUUUAGAGAAAAAGCAAAGAAUGGUAUGUAUGGGGCAUUUUUGCAAAAUGGCAUUUCAAGGAAAUUACAAGAAAGUGGAUGGAAACCAAAAUAGUUCGAAAGAGGAAGUGAAGAUGGACCUUUCUGCUACAUGGGUCGGUAGUCCUUACUAUGUCGUCCCAGAAGUGUUACGGAAGCAUUAUGGUCCAGAAUGUGAUGUUUGGAGCGCUGGGUUGUGGACUUAUAUCGAUUGUACCUGCUUUUUAAUGGAUCAAUCAGAAUUGGAGCAAGGAAUAUUUGAGCAGGUUUUAAGGGGAGAACUCGAUUUUAUCUCUGAACCAUGGCCUAGCAUAUCUGAAAGUGCAAAGGAUCUUGUUCGAAGAAUGCUUGUAAGGGACCCUAAGAAGCGGCUUACGGCCCAUGAAGUUCUUAGUAAGUUAAUGGUCUUGAUUGAUUAUUAUGUCAGGUGA